AUGAACAAUACUUUUAAGCCAUUAUUGAGGAAAUGUGUUUUAGUUUUUCUUGAUGACAUUUUGGUCUACAAUUCUUCAAUGGAGCAGCAUAUGAAGGAUCUUGAAUUGGUUUUCAAACUGUUACGAGAGCACACCUUGAUGGCCAAGAAAUCUAAGUGUUCAUUUACAGGAGCUCAAAUUGAAUAUUUGGGGCACAUUAUUAAUAAAGAGGGAGUGGCUACUGACCCAACAAAAAUUGCUGCUAUCACUAAUUGGCCUAUUCCUUCUACACUAAAACAGUUGAGGGGGUUCUUAGGAUUAGCAGGCUAUUAUAGGAGGUUUAUACGAUCUUUUGGGGGCAUUGCUAAACCACUCACUAAUUUGCUUAAAAAAGAAGGGUUUAUAUGGUUUACAGAAGCAUAA